GCUGGCUGGCUGGCUGGUAUCUGGCUGUGUGGUGUGUGCGGUCGGACUGUGGUCGUGUUGCAGGUCGGGUCGUGUUGAUAACGAAACACUUACGGGACGCAUUUCAUCGCGGAGAGAUGGGAAUGUUGAAGAAAUGUCUGUAAAAGAAAUGUCUCUAACGCUUCUGGCCCUGGUCGGGUUGGCGGCUCUCGGUGAUGCUUUACAUUGUAACUGCACAAACUGUGAGAAGACUGGCUACGAGUGUGAAACAGAUGGCGCCUGCAUGGCCUCCACAUACUACAUCCAGGGGAAGGAGCAACACGUACGCAUCUGUAUCAACCGGGACAACCUGGUCCCCCCCGGACAACCUUUCUACUGUCUGAGUGCCGAAGGCCUGCUCAACACACAUUGCUGCUAUGUAGAUUAUUGCAACAGUAUUGAAGUCCCUGUCCCAACAAAGGACUCGGGCCCAGGGAGCUCCUGGGGGCCGGUGGAGCUGGUGGCGGUCAUCGCAGGGCCGGUGUUCCUCCUCUGUGUGCUGCUGAUGGUCGGCGUGUUCCUGUUCCAAUACCACCAGAGGGCCUAUAGCCACAGGCAGAGGCUGGAGGUAGAGGACCCGUCCUGUGACCACCUGUACUUGGCUAAGGACAAGACCCUGCAGGACCUCAUCUACGACAUGUCCACCUCCGGAUCAGGCUCGGGUUUGCCGCUGUUUGUGCAGCGGACAGUGGCUCGGACCAUUGUGCUGCAGGAGAUAAUAGGAAAGGGUCGUUUUGGUGAGGUGUGGAGAGGGAAGUGGAGAGGAGGAGAUGUGGCGGUGAAGAUCUUCUCAUCCAGAGAGGAGCGCUCCUGGUUCAGAGAGGCCGAGAUCUACCAGACGAUCAUGCUGCGCCACGAAAACAUCCUCGGAUUCAUUGCAGCAGACAAUAAAGACAAUGGUACAUGGACUCAGCUGUGGCUCGUGUCAGACCAUCAUGAGCACGGCUCUCUGUUCGACUAUCUUAACCGCUACUCUGUCACCAUCGAGGGCAUGAUCAAACUGGCACUGUCUGCUGCCAGCGGCCUGGCGCACCUACACAUGGAGAUCCUCGGCACUCAGGGUAAGCCUGGCAUUGCUCACCGAGACCUCAAGUCUAAAAAUAUCCUGGUGAAGAAGAACGGCAUGUGUGCCAUAGCUGACCUCGGCCUGGCAGUCCGCCACGAGUCCAUCACAGACACAAUCGAUAUAGCGCCGAACCAACGCGUGGGCACUAAGAGGUAUAUGGCUCCAGAGGUCCUGGACGAAACCAUCAACAUGAAACACUUUGAUUCCUUCAAGUGUGCUGACAUUUACGCGCUGGGCCUUGUGUACUGGGAGAUUGCACGUCGCUGCAAUGCAGGAGGUAUCCACGAGGAGUACCAGCUGCCCUACUACGACCUCGUACCCUCUGACCCCUCCAUAGAGGAGAUGAGGAAGGUGGUGUGUGACCAGAAACUCAGGCCGAAUGUGCCCAACUGGUGGCAGAGCUACGAGUCGCUGCGUGUGAUGGGUAAGAUCAUGAGGGAGUGCUGGUACGCCAACGGAGCAGCCAGACUGACGGCCCUGCGCAUUAAAAAGACGCUGUCUCAGCUCAGCGUGGAGGAGGACGUCAAGAUGUGAGCGGCGACACGGUGUGCUGGAGACGCACAACCGGACCACACUCCCAUAGGAAACAAACACUAAAGACAGACUGCAAAUGAAAACCCUGCCAGUUUUAAAGCCACACUCCAAGUUGUGACGAGGCCUACCUCACCUUUUUAGCCAAAACUACUGAGUCACCCUCCCCCCUCCCCUUUUGACUUUACUCCCCCCACCCCACCCCCUCGUUCCUCGUGUCUCCUCCCUGUUCCCUUUGACCUCCCCCCUUCUCCAUGGGCCACUACACUUACCGCUGUUAAUAUCAUCACAAUCAACCUUUUUAUUUUCAUUUCCCAUGGCAGGAAUUAGGACUAUUGUACAGUGACGGGAUUAUUUAGUUUGAUCCCUUUUACCUCUCUGAAACAUGUCCCAUGAAGGACUAACCUUGUCCAGAAGAGUCGAGAAUGUUUUAUGUUGAAGAAGAAUAACACUGGCCAUGCAGAAUUACUGAGUGUGAGUGUGAGUGUGAGUGUGAGUGUGAGUGUGAGUGGGGAAAAGAGGCUGAAGCACUGUUUCUAGUCGUGUGUAAAAGGUGUCUGGACUACUAGCAUGUUUCUGAGACACUGAGAUGUCCUCUGGUGUAGGCUGUAGCUCAUUAGACAAAUCCAGUAGUGGGACGUUUAAGCAUGAACACCCACAUUUUAGCUUUUUUUAACCACUCACUUGAAUAUCCUUCAAACAGAGAUGAGUUGCACUUGACUGUAGCUUCCUCAUCAUGUGUUACACCUGCAGGUAUCACACACAGCCCGUGUGGUCCAGAGUCCUGUUGUUAGUUUAAAAUGUGACGGGGGGGGGGGGGGGGGGGCGGUAUUAACGUUCAGGAUGGUUUGACUUUAAUUUAUUUGUCGAUAGUUUUUAUUUCAUAUUGAUCAACACUGUGAGAUGAGAUGUGACAAGCCAGAGUCUAAUAUGAUAUGAAAAUUAAUGUUGUAGUUCAGUCCAAGUCUUCACCAUCUGUCAGACGUUAGGUUACCGGGUUGUUGCGUUCAUUUUACGCAGAAGAAGAGCGCAAAUAUGGAUGUCGCCAUGACCCCCGUUUGUGACAGGCGAUGACAUCAUGUACACUGAGCAAAUAAGAGGCAUAUGAAAUUGCAACGGAAAAUACUGUUUCUUUUUUAAAUAUAUUUUUGCGUAAAGACAUCAUAAUGGGUGUUUCCUUUUGACAUUAGACACUACUGAUGAUGGGUACGUAUGAUUUGUAUAUAAAACAUGCAUUAUUUCCUUUUUAUGCCACAAGCAUCAGUGUGACGUCUGAACGGUGAUUUUUGCUUUAACGGUACUUUCAGAGGUCUGUUGUUUUGCUUUGUCUGCAUGGUUUCUAACCAGGAAACAGACAGCCAUCUGCUGGAAUCUGUUUUUAACUUUGCGCCUCUCGUGGCAAUUUGGUGGUACUACUGAUCCCAGAUCAUUUCGCUGCAACCUGUUAUUAUUUUUGUAUAAUUGUUGAGUUCUUCUGAGAGUUCAGUAAUGCAGAUCUGUUUCUACAUCAUGUCCUCCGGGGUGACAUCUCUUUCUCAUUGACACUGGAAUAUUUCGAUGCCUCGUGUAACCUUGAAUUCUGAUGAAGCCAAGUAGAGACGGCUGCUGUCGGUUCAGCCACAGGGAACAUACGGUUAGUUGUGAAGAGUAGUUGAGACGUUUUAACCUCAAAGAAUGACAUGCUAUUAAGUGAAACUGCAUGUUUUCAUUCUACGUUGUCGUCUGUCUGCAGACAAAUCUAUGAAAGUAUUACACUGACAGUCGUCACAGUUGGGCUCUGCACUGUUAUGUCCACAUGGGUUUUAGUUCAUGUUAUGUCAUCACUUCAUCCAGAAUCCCUGUGUCCUGUUAGAAUCCCAUUUUGCAUGCUGUCUCAAACACUGGGUCCUCUGCACUGAGGUAGAUGAACUUAAGACUUGUCUCUUCCUACCUGUUCUUGUUUUCUUCCUGUUUGUCCGGGUCGUUGGCUUGUACACCAGAAGUGUUGCUGCUACUGUUAACAUGGGUGGAAGUUCAGCAGGCAGACCGGAGAAGGAGAGCUGGGAGAGAAGAGAGGGCAACUGCUGUCAGUUGAACCAAAAUUGUCAAAACACUCCUGUCCAUGUUUGGUUUGUUGCCAUGGGUAUAUGACCAUCAGACAUCCUGUUCAUAUGUAAUACUUCAAUCUUUCAAAAAAAAAUCAUGUUGUGCAAAUCUUUUCAGACUUAGUUUAAAAGUGUAUAUAGAUGAUAUACAAUAAAUUCCUCUUUUUCUUACCUGG